UAUGAUUCGUUAGCCUCUGUGAAAGAAACUUCAACAGCCAGCAACAUGGUUCAGUGGACAGACUUUGAGCGCGCCACCAUUCAGAGCGUCUUCGAGAAGAUGGACUACGAUGACGUAGGCCCCGCGGCUCUUUCCAGGUGUCUGGUCGUGUACCCCUGGACCCAGAGGUAUUUCGGUAACUUUGGAAACCUGUACAACGCCGCUGCCAUCCAGGGAAACCCAAUGGUCGCCGCUCACGGAAAGACCGUUCUGCACGGACUGGACCGGGCUGUCAAGAACAUGGAUGACAUCAAGUCCACCUACGCAGAGCUGAGCGUGCUGCACUCCGAGAAACUGCACGUGGAUCCCGACAACUUCCGGGUAAAGUUAAAUGUUCUACUUCAUACAAGGUACUUGCCUAUCUAUUAUAAUAGUGUGUCAGAAUGCGUUUUUUUACAUGUCCACGGCUCCUUUCUUUUGCAGCUGCUGGCUGACUGCCUUACUAUUGUUGUUGCUGCGAGAAUGGGUGCUGCCUUCACCGCUGACGUCCAGGGCGCGUUCCAGAAGUUCCUGGCCGUCGUGGUGAGCUCCCUGGGCAAACAGUACCACUAGAGCAAACAGUACCACUAGAACCCCUCCACUCAGAGACGGACGACCACCAGAGUACCAACAAGCGCUGAUCAUUUGUUUUAGAGGCACAUGUUGUUCCUUCUACUAAAGCAAAUAAAAUCAGCAAAUUAA